AUGCUCACUUCUUCACUUUUCGCUUCUUUAUUGACGUUGAUUGGCAGCGCCGUCGUCAAAGCAACAGACUACGGUCCCUGCCCCUACAAUGACAACGAAAAUUGCUGGGAGAUCAUGGACAACACCGCUUGCUUCUUGAACCCGACGAGCACGGAGCAGAUCUUUGCUUGUAUUUCUGGUGGGAAGGAGGGUGUCUGCGCAUGCUAUGGAUGUCUUGGGUAUUCGCCGGUUACGGAGCUGAUUCGGAAGGAGGAUGCUUGUCGGUUGGUGUUCCCUUCCCUGCUGUCCUGUGAGAGAAUUUUGGGGGGAAGUAAUAUGGAGGACGGGAAGGAAAGAUGCUGA